UCUCUACCAGACGAUUUUUGAGACGAUCAUCAAAACAGUUCGCGACGACACAUGCGCAAUUGAAAAAAUGUUUGAAGUGCAAUCGUCUAGCGUUCAAAUCAAAUCAAAUCAAUUUUAUUCGCCAUUAAAGAAAAAAAAUAAAAAAUGGUUACACAGAAUUAAUAAAAUAGGUUCGACGAAAUGUAGGAUUGACAUCUACUUUUCGUCGAGCGCCAGACGAUCGCCAAAUUUUUAACCAAUAAGAUUUCUUGCUGCUAGUAGCCUAGUACAAUUUUAAUUUUAUGCACGCAUGAUGUGGCAAAUUAAGGUACUUGUGAGGUACGUGAAAUGUUUAAAGUUCAGGCAGUAUUUGAUUUUGACUUGAGAUUCAAUAUUGCAAUAUUUACAAUGAAGGGAUGAAUGAACUGGAAGUAGAUAAUGUAGUAAUUUCUUUAUAAACAGGUUAAAAGCUAGAGUUUUUUUUCACAAACAGGUUCUGGUGGAUAUGGUGGAGGUUUCAACAUGAAUCCAAUGGCUCUGGCUGGAAUGAUGAGCAUGUUCAUGAAUCAAAUGGGAGGCAUGGGCAAUAUGGGUGGUGGUGGCAUGGGUAAUAUGGGUGGUGGUGGUGGCAUGGGUAAUAUGGGAAUGGAUGCAAGGGGUAGUGGUGAUGGGAUGGGUGGUCGUGGUGGUGAUUCAUAUAGAGGACCAUCAAGCACUAGUGAUGGUUACAAAUCAAAUACUUACCCUAGUGGAAAUGUCAACACCAGUACUCCGAGUGCAAGUGAUGCUGCUGCUCUUGGCUAUGGUGCUCAGAAUUCGUCCAUGUAUGGUGAUCAGGCGGCAGGUAGUAUGGGAGAUAUGUCAGCGUAUGCUAAUGCUAUGAGUGCAAUGUUUGGUGCUGCAGGUGUGAAUCCAGCAAAUGUUCAGGCUGCAUUGUACAGUGCAUAUGGUACUGGUACUGGUGGUGCUAGUAGUGGUCAACUGGGUGCUUAUGACCAGUCUUCCUCUGCCUAUGGUCCCGCAAGGAACACAUCAACUCCUUUAAAUCGAGGAUAUAAACCAUAUUGAGGUAGGUAAACAAGUGCUUGUGGGUUUUGUGCUCAUUGUGACAAGUGAAACUCGUCAACACAACUGAAAUUCUAACCAGGAAUUUGUUUUCAUGCCAUUUCAAAAUUUUUAAUGUCCUAUAUAUAUUAGGAAGGAAAGAAUAUUUGUGCUGAAUUUAAAAAUAAAGCGUAAUAUUUUUCUUUCAAUUGAAAAUCUUAUGUACAACACUCUAAAAUGUGCUUCAGCAAUAUAUCUUCACUAUACAGUAUAUUGAAGUUUUAGUACACCAUAUUUGGAGCUUGUUGGAGAAAUUGUCAGCCGGACCUCUAGCCCAUUUUAGUUCCUAAAUACAGUAUCUUUUAGUACACAUUGUUCAUUUAUCCGUAGUUAGCUGAUCCUAGUCAAAUGAAAGUGAAACUGUACUAACUAUGCAUAACUCUGUUUAGAUCGGAUUACAGAAUUAGCAAUGUGAAGUGAGUUAGAAUACAGCUUACAAUAGUUUCAAGAAGUACAAGGCAGACAAACAUCCUCAGAGAUGAACUGGUAUUAGUGAGUUUUAAUUAAUCAGCUUAGUCAUUAAAUUGUGUGUAAUCUUAGCAGAGACUGUAAUUAUCAAACUGUAAUUUUAGUGAAAGCGUGCUUGAGCAGAU